ACUCUUGUCACGACCCCACUCCCAGAAGGCUGUGCGGUGGUGUGGGCCGCAGCCCCUUUGUGCCAUCCGGGUCUCUGGCGCGAGCCGUUGGGUCUGGCAGCGCCUCGGCGGCGGCGGCGGCGGCAGCGGCGGCGGAUACCGGGGCGGCUGCUUAAGUGGAAGCGCGGCCCCGGCGGCCUGGAUCCUGUGGACCAUGGCGGCUAGUGACACAGAACGAGAUGGACUAGCCCCAGAAAAGACGUCCCCAGAUAGAGAAAAGAAAAAGGAGCUGUCAGAUGCAUCUAAUUCUCCUAGAACUUCAAAACAUCAUUAUUCAAGAUCACGGUCACGAUCAAGGGAACGAAAACGAAAAUCAGAUAAUGAAGGAAGAAAACACAGAAGCCGGAGCAGAAGCAAAGAGGCAAGAAGACAUGAAUCCAAAGAUAAGUCCUCCAAGAAGCACAAGGCUGAGGACCAUAAUGACAAAGAACAUUCUUCAGAUAAGGGAAGAGAACGACUAAAUUCCUCUGAAAAUGGUGAGGAGAGACACAAGCGCAAAGAAAGGAAAACAUCUAGAGGCAGAAGUCACUCAAGAUCUAGGUCCCGGGAAAGGCGCCAUCGUAGUCGAAGCAGAGAGCGGAAGAAGUCCCGAUCUAGAAGCAGAGAGCGGAAGAAGUCCCGAUCUAGAAGCAGAGAACGGAGGAAGUCCCGCUCUAGAAGCAGGGAAAGAAAGCGUCGGGUCCGAUCUCGUUCAAGGUCAAGAUCUAGGCACAGGCAUAGGACCAGGAGCAGAAGUAGGACCAGGAGCAGAAGCCGAGAGAGAAAGAAGAGAAUUGAAAAGCCACGAAGAUUCAGCAGAAGUUUGAGCCGAACUCCGAGUCCACCUCCUUUUAGAGGACGAAAUACAGCAAUGGAUGCACAGGAAGCAUUGGCUAGAAGGUUGGAAAGAGCAAAGAAAUUGCAAGAACAGAGAGAAAAGGAAAUGGUGGAAAAACAGAAACAACAAGAAAUAGUUGCAGAUAUGAACUUUCAUUUUUCUUCAGCCGCUGCAGCCACAGGAGGCUCUGUCCUCAAUGUUGCUGCCCUGUUGGCAUCAGGAACACAAGUAACUCCUCAAAUAGCUAUGGCAGCUCAAAUGGCAGCAUUACAGGCCAAAGCAUUGGCAGAGACAGGAAUAGCUGUACCUAGCUAUUAUAACCCAGCAGCUGUGAACCCAAUGAAAUUUGCAGAACAGGAGAAAAAACGAAAAAUGCUCUGGCAAGGCAAAAAAGAAGGGGAUAAGUCACAGUCUGCAGAAAUAUGGGAAAAGUUAAAUUUUGGGAACAAGGACCAAAAUGUCAAGUUCAGGAAAUUAAUGGGCAUUAAGGUAUGGCAUCAUUUUUUUUCAAACUCUCUUAAACGUCUGAAGAUGGUCGCAGUUAUUACUUUUAAUGGCUUUUUGUAAGUGCUUCCUGCAUUUGUUGCACAAUAUCUUAACCUAAACCAAGCACACCCAGUUCUCUUAUUAUGCAGAGGUCUGUUCUUACACAACUCAGGGUAAAGGACAAUUUGCAUCUUAGUGCUCUGACUGUAACAUUACAUGGUAUCCUCACAGACACAUGUUGCGGGUAGAAUGUUUCCUGAUUCAGCUAUCACAUUCUCUCCAGAAUGUACAGUGAAAUCAAUCAUUGGGCAGAAGUGAGAGUAGUUAUUCAUAUGUCUGGUAACAAAUCCCCAAAUUAUAUUAAUGUUCAGUAAAGAUUCCUACUUCACACUGGUUAUUCAAUUUAAUUUUCACGGACCAUAUUUCAUUCCUGAGAAUAAGGGAUUAUCGGGAGCUAAUACUUGGGGAAAGGCCUCUUAAGCGAAUGUAUUUAAUCAAUAGAUCCAUCGAUCAAUUUUUGCUUUCAAAAAGUGUCUUGAAGAAAAUUGUUGUGCAAGGUAGCACACUUCAGGAUUUUCAGACAGGAAGGAAACAGAGGAAAUAAUUGGAGCAAAGGAGCAACUUGAAAGGGGCAGGGAAGGGCACUAAGAAAUAUUAGCUGCUCUGACUUACCCUUAUUUCAAAACUGAAUUAACUUUCAUUCACAGACAUACUAGAUAUUUACUGCGCAUACAGUAGGGGGAAGAAUCAAUA